UGUAUUAUUAGAAACACUUUCUUUCUUUCUUUUUGAUGUCUGAAACAGAUUUUUGAUUCAAAAGUCAAGUCCUGUCUCGACGGACACCAGAAAUGGAUAAAAUCUCUUCUGUUGAGUCUUCAAAAACAGAAGAAGUCCUUAAAAAAGAUAAGAUAUUACAGUUGUCUUCACUUAUCUUUAAAGACAAUGAGAUAUCCACUGAAAAGGGUAAGCCAAUGGUCAGGUGUGUGCAUAGUGUUGACAUCGAUGAACUGGUCCGCGAUGUAUUACACAAAAAAUGGCAAUUGAAAAAUCCGAAGAUUGUUGUCGUUGUUCUGUCAAAUGCCGGACCAAUUCAUAACUGGAAAGAUCGACAACAGAUUAAAGCCUUUCAAAAGGGUUUAAUGACAGCCGCCGAAAACACCAAUAUGUGGUUAAUAACCCAUGGCUUAGACUUGGGUGCGACAACUAUUGUCGGUGAAGCCAUACUUGAACACAGCACCGAAAUCAAGUACAAGAAAGCCAUUAACAGCGAAAAGUCGUUUUCAAAAUCCAAUUUUAUCGGUAUCGCCGACAUUGAGAGUCUCCAAUAUUUACAGACUAUCACUGCAAGUACUGAGCCGAUUAUAACUAUCUCCAACAGUGGUGGCAAUAGAGACACUAAUAUGAAAUACAACUUACAGUCAAAUUUAAGUCAUUAUAUACUGAUUGAAGACAAAUCGCGAAACAAAAACGGUAUCAACAGUUUCAUCAAUAAGUUUAUGUCGUUUCUGUCAUUGAAUCAAUCAGAUAUUCUGCCGACUAAUGAGGGAUCUCCCGGUCCACAGAUGAGCGCCGACAGGUGUUCAAUAGAAACAAGUGAAGUACCGGUUGUGUCGUUAUUAAUGAAAGGUGGAUACGAGUGCUCGCGAAUCGUAUUGAAUACUAUCAAAGAAGAACUACCUGUUGUUGUCUUACAAGGAACGGGAGGUUUGGCUGAUUUACUGGCCUUUGGCGACAUCGAGAUUCGCGAUCGAUGUAUGAAUGAAUGGAAUCCAGAAUUUGUCGAAACAUAUCUGAAGCCGGAAUUGACACUAAAGAUAGUCAAGACUUUUGGUAAUUUGCGAAACAAUUCGGUACUAUUGAAGACAUUACGGAAUCGGAUACUCGAAUCGAUUCGUUUAAGUCGACAAAAUGGUCAAAAUUAUUUGACAAUUAUUAAUUUGUUUGAAAAGUAUUCGUGUAAUUUGGAAAAUUUGACCGAAUAUUUGUUGUUAGCGUUGUUUCGGUCGCAAAGAAAAGAAUAUUCGGUCGCGAACUCUACUAUUGAUAGCGGCGGACAUCAGAAGCGCCAAAUGACUCCCGAAGAGUCGUCGGCGUUAAUACACAAAGACCUUCGACUAUGUAUUGACUGGAACUGUCCUGAAGUGGCCCGAAAUGAAGUGCUUGUCAAAGAUCCGACAUUUUCGUUGAGUACUAACUCUAUUUAUCUGAAGAGUCUGUUCGAAGAGUCGCUGAUCCGAAGUAAUCGCUGGAAAUUUGUUGAUCUGUUUUUGUCGCAGAAAUUCAAAUUACGAUCAUUUGUCAAACCGAAGACAUUGUUGCGAAUGUUUCGUACGCUUCGAACAAAAGACUUCUUCAGCAAUGUCUGUUGGGAAGGAAUUCUUGGCCGAACUGUUGAUCAAAAACAAAACAAAAACUUUAUGAGCCGUGAGUUCAACUAUUUAGUCUAUGUUUGCUGUGGUGUCCGACAGUUUAUAUCACAAGAAGAAUUGGAUCUGUUUGUUACCCAACAAUUUCCGAACACUGAAAGAGAUGCCGAACGCAAAGCCCUGAAGUUACUGAUGUUUUGGGCGGUUAUGGACUUCAGAAAGAUAUUGGUGCGCAUACUGUGGCGAUAUUCCGAUCAUCCAAUACAUCUGGCGCUGAUUAUAGCCCUCUGUUAUGAACACUUGUCUUGGUUUGUGGUCGACCAACAACUGUGCGAUCAAUUGAAAGAAGAGUCACAGGUAUUCAUUGGCUACGCUAUCACUGUAUUGGAUGUCGUAUACAAAGACAGCGCCCUUCGAGCAGAACAGGUGUUGUUAGAGUCUUCACGCGAUUGGAACUAUCGGACGGCUCUGGAUUUGGCGGCUUUCGGCAAAUUUAAAACAUUUUUUAUCCAUCCGGCCUGUCAACGACGGCUCACUAAUCAAAUUUACGGUAACAUUACGGUCAAAGACGUUCGGAUCGGUGUUUUUCGGUUACCAUUGAUGUGUAAACUGCUAUUUUCCGCUUACUUUGUUCUGCCGGCUUAUUACUGGAUUCGUGGUACAGACAGCAGUAUUAACGCAGAACUGUUGCAACAAUUAUCGGAAGAGUCAAUCGAUUAUAUGGCCGUCGAUAACGACUCCGAUGAUAGUGACGGCGGCAAUAGUGGUGAUGGUGUAAGUGGCAGUGGUGGUGGAGGCGGCGAUAAGAAACAACCGUUACCUAAAAAAUCGUACAGUAAAGACAAUCAUAUGUCGAUUAUGUUUGAUAAGACCUACCAAUUGACUAAUUCGUCGUUUUUUACGACAUUAUAUUACUUGUGGACAUCACCGAUAACCAAAUUCUGGAACCACCAGUUUUUUUAUACAUUUUAUUUGUCAAUAUUCAGUAUAGCCGUACUGUAUCCCCGUUGCGGCCACUUCUACAUCGAUCUGGUUGUAGACGUCUGGACUUUCUGUUUGGUUGUCGACAGAUUACAACAGAUCUUUAUCAUCUCACGGCUGAAUAUCUACUUCUCCAAUAUGUCGUCAAUAAUUCAAGCGAUACUUCAGAUAUUAUUUAUCAUAUAUUUUACAAAUACUCGACUCAUCUAUGUGUUUGAGACGACAACCGAUGACGCCUACAAUCAUAAAGUGAUUAUGUCUUUGGCAUUAAUACACGCCUACUAUGUAUUGUUUACCGUAUUUCUGCCCAUUUCAUCCACAUUGGGACCACUACUCUAUCGAUUAAAGUUAAUGAUUUUUGUCGACUUCUUGAACUUUAUCCGACUGGCCGUACUAGUGAUGAUCAGUUUCGGUGUAGUCAUGCAAUCACUGAUAUUUCCUGAUCUGACUGUUAGUAAUGAGCUCUAUAGGCGCACAUUUCACAGGGCCUUCUUCUCUAUGUUUUCCAUAUUCCUCAACGAACUCGAGGUUGAUCCAGACUGUGAAAGCAAGUAUGUUUGGGAUAACAAUCGUCACCAAACGGACAGUCGCUGUAGUGCCAGUCGAUACAGUAAUGAGGAAUGUCGUGUAACGGGUUUCUGGCCAUACUUUUUUGAAAUAUUGUAUUUGAUUUUAUUGAAAUCAAUUUUGCUAACACUAUUGGGCGCUAUAUUUGCUGCCAGUGCUGUCAAAGAUAUUAGCGACACGAGUGGCAUAUGGAUGAGCCAACGAUACGGAUUGGUCAUCGAUUUUAUGACCAGAUCUCCAUUGCCGCCGCCGUUGAAUAUAUUUUCUUGUAUUUUUUGGAUUUGUCGCCGACUUUGUUGUCUUUGUUGCGAUAAAAAUAAGGAAACACAGGAUAAUCUGAAUAAACUAUCGAAUGAAGACUACGCUUACCUCAGGAUAUUAGCCGCACAGGUGUUUGAGGACAGGGAGACCAAAGAUCAGGAAUCAAAGUUAAACUCAGAGCACUGGGAGAUGACAAAAGCCAUGAGCGAAGAACUGGAAUAUCAACGAAGACAACUGAGAAAACUGAUUGGACGGACAUCUGAAAUGGAGAGAUCUGGUCAACAGUCGUUUGUCUUCUUGGAAAACAUUAGACAUUUGGUGACAAAGCGAUCGACCAGCGAAGCGAUGCAACAAAAGCUCCACUCGUUGUCUCGACAGUCGCCGUAUCCGAAAACCGAUGUCCACCGAUAUCCAGUUCCCGAUAAGUAUGUCUCGUGGCAGGUCUUUUGGGUGGAUUACGACCCAAUUGCGUACACAAAACCCAAAUUAGAGAUGCCUUUAGCGCUACAGGAAACCACUGAUAUCGAUAUAUUGGCCUUAAAAGAGCUCAACUUUGAAAAAUCUGAACAAAGCGUCCAAAAUCUACCGGUUUUUGUUUGGAAUCGACAAACUAUUAGUGGCGCCGGUAUUUGUGUUGACCGACAGUCGUGGCACAUGAAAGACAACGAAGCGAUUAUCUAUAAAUUAGAAGACAGUGUUAUUCCAACCAAUCCUUUUGGCAGAACUGGUCUCAGAGGCCGAGGAUCACUACCGCGAUGGGGUCCUAACCACUAUGUUAUGGUUGUUAUCACUCGUAAGAAAUCGGAUACAUUGGAAGUAAUUGUUGAAUUGAUUGAUCAAAAACACGACGACAAUAAGGACAACAUUAACAAAAUAAAUCAAAUAUCACUUAUUGAAAGAUUUAUUUCCGGCGAAAUAACUUAUAAAGACAUUGAAUCGCUAUUUAAGAUAAGUAAACCUGAAUUAAAGGGUUGGACCAAAAGUGAUCAAAUGAUCGAAUUUUUCAAGAGUUUCGAUCAAAUACCACCACAACAGACACCUGAUGUAAAACAAUCGGACGGACAAAAACAACCGCAACAACAACAGACACAGACAUUCAAAUGCGAAAAAUUGAUUAGAGGAUACUUUGAUGACCCCAUGAAUACGGACAAUGCAUGGAAGGAACUGGAGUUAUGGCACAUACAUUAUUCUCAACACAACAAUGAUAUCAAUGACUAUAUGAGCGAUGCAGUUGACUGGCGGGAUAUCAACGAAAAUCUCUUUUAUAACUUGUCUUUAAGUCAUUCAAAGGUUAUUCAAGAUAUUGUCGAUACACUUGAUUACACAAUGCAUUAA